AUGGAUCAGUUUGUUUUGCGAGGAGACGUUGCGGUCGCCAAGCGAGUCAACCGGCAAUCCGUUUGCGACCUUUGCUGCGUUCAGCCGGACCGGCUCAAGACGAGAAAUCAGCAAGGGGCGGCCAGCUGGCAGCUGAAGCACCUUUUCCCGUCGACCGGCGCCCCAAGUGACCUCCUUCCUUUCGUUCAUGGCACGUGGGCGGGGGAGGGAUCCAAGCAACCCAACAAAAAAGAAAAACGAAACGGAACCUAUAAAUCCACUCGGUGCUCCCCCGAAACACGUGCGACGAGUCCCUUGCUCCUGCCGCCCGUACGGUACGCGGCUGCCGAUGCCGUUGGAGAUGCGGGACAAGGAGGCGCUCAAGUGGGCGCACGACAAAGAGCUGGGCGCGCCGCCGGACCCGCGGCCCUGCGGCGACAUGUGCGGCGUCAGCGUGAACUGGCACCUCGCCACGGACGCCGCCGGCGGGUGGAGCGCGCGCAUCACGCUCUUCAACUGGGAGGACUCCGACAUGCGGGACUGGUUCGCCUCCGUGGUCCUCGACGACAAGGUCUACGGCGGCUUCGAGCAGGCAUACUCCUUCAACGCCACCGCCGCCGGGGACGGCACCAUCUUCAUGCGCGGCAGGGAAGGCUUCGACGACCUCAUCAGGGAGAGCAACAUGAGCGGCGUCGACUACCCCGUGCCCGGGAAGCAGCAGUCCGUGCUCUCCUUCACCAAGAAGACGUCGCCUGGCGACAUCGACGUGCUUCGCCGCGACGGGUUCCCCACCAAGGUGUUCUUCAAUGGCGAGGAGUGCGCCAUGCCGCAGAGGAUUCCGAGUCACGGGGUUGGCGUUCAUGCUAG